CGACUGCGUGGGUGCGUGGCGUGCUGAGCCGGUGGUGUGACGGUUGGCUUGGUGGGUGUGUCCUGCACCGGUGAGACCCAUUAAGACGCCGAACGGAGGAGCGGUCUUGCCAUUUUCUGUCGAGUCCCGUCGCAAAGAGGCGCCGCGCAGGACAAAAGGCGCGCGACUCAAGACGCCCCUGCCAAACCACCAGCACCACCGACCUUCGGGUGGCAUCGAUCCAAAGUGCAAAAGCCACUCGACAAACGCAACGUAGAACAAACAAAAGCUUCAGCCUAAAGGCGUCAGCAGCGACAGCAGCGACACCGGCGAAGAAGAAGAAGCGAGCGAGCGAGCGAGACAUGCCCGAGAUGGAGACUUUGGAGUCAAUCAAUCAGGUGCUCAAGGUGGGUCAGCUGGAGAAGCGCAGCGAGAACUUCUUGCAGAUCUGGAAGAAGAAGCGAGCGGUGCUCACGGGCGAUGGCCUCACGCUGGUGCAGCCCGGCAGCGGCGGCAGCGGCGGCGGCGGCAGCAGCAGCGACUCGGGUCUCGACAACGGCGGCUGCGGCAAGCGCCUCGGCUUCGACUUGGUGCGAACCGUGGACUGCGUGGAGAGACGCGGCCGCUACACGUACUUCACCGUGGUCCUCAGCAGCGGCAAGGAGCUGGACUUCCGCUGCCCCGCCGAGGCGGGAUGGAACGCCGAGAUCAUCCUCGCCAUGGUGCAAUUCAAGAAUCGCCGCGCCGUCCAGGAGGCGAGGGCGCGACUCGCAGGAGGCGCGGGAGGAGAUGGAGGAGGAGGCGGUGGUGGCGGUGCUGGAGUCGUCGGCGGGGUUCGAGGUGCCCGCUCCAACGGAUCGAGUCCCGAGCGCAGUCCCAGCCCGAGGCGAGGGUGGCCGGUCCGUGACGGCAGCCUGAGGCUCUCCCUGAGACGAGAGGCCAUGCACAGAUGAAAUCAGCUGCUUCCUGCCAACUCAUCCAAACUUAUCUUGCCGACCUAUGAAGAGCGCGAGAGAGACGAAGAUGCGGGGAGAUGAUGCGGGGGACAUGUGGGGAACAAUGCAAUCGGUCUUGACGACGGAGUGUGGGUCCCGUGCGCCGCUGGGGUGCGGGGUGGGGGGGGGGUGAGGUGGAUUGAAGUGGAGGAAGAUGAAGAGACUAAAGGGAGUGAUGAUGAAAAACUCUGCCCUGCAUGGGAUGCUAUAGAGAUGGCGACCGGGCGCGCACGCGCACACACGUGCACACGCGCACGCACGCACACACACACACACGCACACACGCACAUGCACACACACCGCUACAUGACAAAGAUCCCUCGUGCAACUUGCAGUCUGCCAUACCAGUGGGGGGCAUAGCCCGCCCACCUUUGUCUUCCCGUUGCCGAUGCUUGUGACGAACACCAUUGCACGGUGACUUGAGUCGGCCUAAAGGAAGCCAAAUAACAGUUAUUUUAUAAUGCGGCUUCCAGUUGCUUUUGAAGAUGUGCAUCUUGGUCAGGAGUCGAACCCGGGCGACCGAGGUUGUAGUUUAGUGUACUCAUCACAACGCCUUCAUAGGUGCUCGCUAAUUGUUCUUGCACUGGCAGUCUGUAAGAGCCGAGGGAUCCGUGUCUGUGAUGCACACACAAACACACAAUUGUACACCGUAAUACAAAUGACCAACUUUGAGAAUUAAACGAAAUACAUUCUAGAGUACAGUAUAUAUUGUAGUAAGUUAAUAUUUUAGGACAGCAAUCUGUGUUACUAGCACAACAAUGAUUCAGCAAACAUUAUGAUUCUUAUUAUUAUUAUUGAGGUAUGGGCCUUUGCCAGUAACAACCUCUUCUGUCAUAACAAUGACAAUUGUUGUCAUCAAAAUGCCAAUUGUGUAUACGUCCAGUUGUGACGAUGAUCUCCAACGUUCACGAAACCCAGUCCACGUCUCGUCGCCCAGAUGGAAGGGCCGUUGCGCGCGAUGGUGAUGCGCUAAAUAUUUUAGUUUGUUAAUCCAGACGCGGUUUUGCUAAAGACGACAGUCGUAAUUUAUUCUUAUCCAUGUAAGUCUCAUCGCUUGGUGGAAAUUUCCCGAUGGGGUUACAGGAAAGACUCCCCCCCCCCCCCCCCAUGCCUAUUGGCCAAAGAGAGCCGACAGAUGCCGACGAUCGGCACAUUUUUCAACGCGUAGACUUUGCGUCUCGUAAUCAGCGCACCGCGCCGCACGCGGUUAAAUCGACGGAACGGCGAAUGUGUCCAGGUGCACGGGACUGCGUUGGGGUGCCACGCGAUCGAGCGUCCAACAUGGUCGUGCGCGACCGACGGCGUCGCCGCCGAACCGCUGCAACUCGACGGCCGCCACCCCCGGGUUCGAUCCCUGGCCGCUGACGCACGCUCGUUUGGACGUCGAGUUUGUCGCUCCAACGCGGCGUUGGACCUCCCCCAGACCGACCCGGCUGAGAGAGCGUUUCGCCGAGUGGCCCCAGUGACGCUGGGCCAUGCCAAGCCCUCGCACUGUAGGUGCGCCAUUUGGUCUUUGAUCAUUGCUGAUCGAUAACGGCACUGGCCCCCAACGUGGCUAUAAGGCUGAGAGGGUACGGUGGUGGGGGACGGGGGGUGGGGGAGGGGGAGACUUUGCCAUUGCCUUGUGUUCGUUCGGUGUUGGCUCUUUUACAUUCAGUCCUGCUAAUGGUAUUGGUGGCGCUAAUGACAAUAAGCAGCACUGCAUUCAUUCCUCAUUCUGUUCCCAUGUAUUUUAUUUAUUUCUCCACUGAUAGGCGACACCGCUUGUCCUAUUAAUUUAUACGACACCUUGCCCCCCCGCGUGUAUUUAUUGUGGAUGUAACGGGGAAGUCGAAGAGGACACGCUCGCGCCGAUUCGUAUGUAUGAGAGGCGCGCCGAUGUCGUUGUUGCACCCUUGUUGCGUAUUGUAGUCUGCGUAUCGCUUUGCGUAUGAAGCUGGGGCACAGAUGUGCGAGAGCUCGUGUGAUUCUCGUACAGGCUCUCAAUAAACACGUCUUCCUUGUCA